UAAUGUUGAACCAUCCAUGAUAUAUUAUUCCAUACUGCGUUAUUGGCUGUCAAGUCCUAGAAGUUGUGUUGAUCUAAUUUCUACUCUGUAGAGAAUCUCGUCAGUGUCAAAGGACGUUAGCAAAAGAAAGCAUCUCAGUUGCAAAUCCCUGAAUGACGAUGAUGCGGAUUAUAGGAUCGCCUCCUAAUAAAUAGUUCUGCGCCAUCAUUCCACAGUAAUAUUCCCCGAAGUUCCAGAAGGAAUCCCUUGACCCAGUUCAAUCAAUUCAUCAAUCAAUAAUCACUAAUUAGACUACUAGAAGUAGAUAGAGAAUAUAGAUAGAUUGGUCCCGAGCGUCAUCCGACGGUUAGCGACUUAUCAACCCCCUUCCAAUGAUGAUCCGCUGCCAAUCCAUCUGGUUCGGCGACGGUCUGGGAUCUCAGUGGUGGGCGGGACGAUUGGCGGAUGUGAAAUAGGGAUGACGCUGGAAGGGCCCACCGAACCACACAAAGCCAGACCCGACAGAAUGAGGAGGGAACAGUGAGAGUGAGUGAGAGAGAGAGAGAGAGGCGCAGAGAAAGAGAUGGGCGUCAAGACUCGGGAAUUCAGGAGACCAAUCUUAUUCCUGGGUUGGAUAGAUGGAUGGGAAAGGGCUAGGAUGGGCUACUAAUUUAACGAUCAACUACUGAUACCACUGUAUGUAACAAGGGUCUUCUUCUUUUCCUGUCUACGUUCUCAAGGUAUGUCGAUUGGAUGGGGUGGCAUCAUAGAAGACAGCCAUGAUGUGCAAGUUUCUGGGAUAGGCACAGUCAGUGUACGUAGCUCACAGACAAGGCAGGCCAGAAGAAUGACCGCCGGGAUUCUUUCGGAUUCUCUGCGUCUCUACCCCGUGAAAGCUGUCUCCUCCCUCCACCCCCGUCACAGAGGAGGAAACCCACUGGAGAGGGUCAAUAAUUCCUGUGAUUUCUUGGUAUUAUUAGUAGCAAUAAUCGUCAGUCGUAGAAUAGUCGGGCCCGGGAUCGGGGAAAGAUGAUGUUGGUUGGUGAGUGUUUGUGGAAGCCCGACUCCAUCAUGGGCUGGCCAUAUGGGUUAACUGACUUUAGGAGGGGGGAAGGUUGAAUUAGUAGUGAGAAAGUAUGGGGAGGCACAACCUAGAAGCAUUCAUAGUAUGAUUAUUAGUUAGGGAGAGAGAGAGAGAGAGAGAGUCAGGGAGAGAGGGAGAGAAGUAGUCGACUACUUACUAGAGAUGAUGAUGCUGCUUGCCUUGAGGAUUCCUGGCCAGUGACCG